AUGGAAGCUCGUGAGGCAGCAGCGCAACAGGAUGUCACUGAGGUACCGGACGCCAACGCUGCACCGGAUCUCGUUUUGCCUUCGACUCGUAGUCCCAAGCGCAGGGCUAGUUCGGUGUCAUCUCAAUCGGAUUCAGCCACCACUGGGUCUGGCAAGAAAUGCAAGAAGUCUCGACUUGGUGAUGAACGCAAGAAGUCUCCACUCGCUCGCAAGGAGAUGAAAGAUCUUACUCCUGAAGAGCUGACCGUGAUCGAGGAACCGGGUCGAGGCAUCACUUCGUGGCGCCACAAGGGCAUCCUGACCACUUUUGCACCCAGUACGACUUACGCCGUCUACGAGUCCGCAGGUUUCCCUGACUACGCACCGAACCACAACGGCGGGACGGGGCCACUCAAGGAUCGCUUCAAUGUGGACGAGUACCGGGCGAUCAUGGAGACCCGACCGGGCGAGCGGAUUGACGUCGUGCUGACCAAGAUCGUGAAGUUCAUGAAGGACAACGCGCUGGUCAUCUGGUACGCGGGACACUGGGUGACGUAUCCGGAGGACUCGUCGUAUGGGGUGAAGGAGAAAAAGAAACGCAAGGGUCUGCAUGAUCCUGCCAUCAAGAAAUACGCCGAGUUGAUCACCGAACUUCUGAAAGCAGGAGCCCCGAAGACGAUUCUGUACGAGCCAGGCAUCUGGGUGUAUCCUGCGAAGGUCUGUCCCUGGAUCCUGUUUGACAAGUCCGAGAAGAAACCGGAUGGGAAGCCGUACACGAUGGCCGAGCAGCUCGAAAUCCUGGAUCGCGAAGAACCGGCUCGCAUCCAGUGGACAGGGUGGGCCCUCGAUAGGAUCAUCGCGGAUCGUCCGACGCACAUCCGGAAAAUGCUGCUGUCUCCCGAUGAGCGUGCCAACAACUGGGUCUGCACUGAUCACCGUAGCUAG